CCAGGGGUUGUGGGCUCCGGGUGGGCUCUUCUCAUCCUGCCCCGUCUGCGAUGCAUCCGCGGCGCCCGGACGGAUUCGAUGGCUUGGGCUAUCGGAGUGGUGCCCGGGAUGAGCAGGGCUUUGGCGGCGCUUUCCCUGCAAGGUCCUUCAGCUCCGCGUCGGACCUGAGCCACUGGGUGACAACUCCCCCAGACAUCCCGGGUAGCCGCAACCUGCACUGGGGCGAGAAGAGCCCGCCCUACGGUGUGCCCGCCCCCUCCACCCCGCUCGAGGGCCCAGCAGAGGAACCCUUUCCCCGCGGCGGCGGCGGCGGCGGCAGCAGCGUGCCAGGGCAGAGCAGCGAACAGCUGAAUAGAUUUGCUGGAUUUGGUAUUGGACUUGCAAGUCUUUUUACGGAAAAUGUACUGGCCCAUCCCUGCAUUGUUCUACGCCGCCAAUGUCAGGUUAAUUACCAUGCUCGGCAUUAUCAUCUCACUCCAUUUACAGUCAUCAAUAUUAUGUACAGCUUCAACAAAACUCAGGGACCAAGGGCUCUUUGGAAAGGAAUGGGAAGUACAUUUAUUGUUCAGGGAGUCACACUUGGAGCAGAGGGAAUAAUCAGUGAAUUCACACCUUUACCGAGGGAGAUUUCACAUAAAUGGAAUCCUAAACAAAUAGGAGAACACCUUCUACUGAAAUCGCUAACUUAUAUAGUGGCAAUGCCUUUUUAUUCAGCAAGUCUAAUCGAAACAGUACAGAGUGAGAUAAUUCGAGACAAUACUGGAAUUUUGGAAUGUAUUAAAGAAGGAAUUGGAAGAGUGAUAGGCUUGGGAGUGCCUCACAGCAAACGACUACUUCCGCUUCUUUCCUUGAUCUUCCCUACGGUGCUGCAUGGGGUUCUUCAUUACAUUAUCAGCUCAGUCAUUCAGAAGAUUGUCCUGCUAAUUCUAAAGAGAAAGACUUACAAUAGCCACCUAGCUGAGAGCACUAGCCCAGUGCAGAGUAUGUUGGAUGCUUAUUUUCCAGAGCUUAUUGCUAACUUUGCUGCCAGUCUUUGCUCUGAUGUUAUACUUUACCCAUUGGAAACAGUUUUGCACCGCCUUCACAUUCAAGGAACACGCACAAUAAUUGACAAUACAGACCUUGGCUAUGAAGUGCUUCCAAUUAAUACACAGUAUGAGGGAAUGAGAGACUGUAUCAAUACCAUAAGGCAGGAAGAAGGAAUGCUUGGUUUUUAUAAAGGGUUUGGUGCUGUUGUAAUACAGUACACGCUGCACGCAGCUGUUUUACAGAUUACCAAGAUUAUUUACUCUACUCUUCUUCAAAAUAGUGUUUGAGAUUUAGAUUCCUGGUUAGUCUGAAAGACAUCACCUGGAUACUUCGUUUUGAAAUUAUGAGGGAUAAGAGUGAAAUACCGCUGGUGGGAAAUGGAUUAGAAAGUGAAACUGGUAGAAAAAGUCCAUGCUGAUUAUAUUGACCCUUCACUUCUUAAAAAGGUUAUUGGUAUACAUUUUGGAUUCAAGGUAUUCCAAAUUUGAAAACUGAAUAAAGACACUCAUAUGAAUUAAAUUCUAGCUAGUGUAGCACUAAUGCUGAACUAAAAAUGAUCUCGGGAAGAAGCAAAAUUUUGCCAGCAAACUGAAAACAAAAUUUCAUAUGACUUUAAUGUUUAUUACAU